UUUACAAACCGGACUCGAUUAGGUGGGGACAGCUCUAAGCUUAUAAGACAGCGGAGCACAGCCCCCCGGGACCAAUAGUCGCGAAACCUUGAUUGCGCCGCGUGUAAACGAGCCGCGAAUUGCUCGACGACGACGCGCGCUGAUAAAACCGGGGAGAGAGACCGAGACGACGAGAUCGGCCAACGUUAUCUCUCGCUCGAUUCGCACGCCGAUCCCACGAUUCACGAUACUCGCGGUGGUGACAGUGAUUAUCUCGCCUUGUGGUACAUACUCGCGCUGAUCCUCGCGCAGAUACCGUCUUCCUCUUUACUAGAGACUUCGGAGGACAGGGGCUGCCGGAGAACGCUCCGCGAAGGGGGCAGCUCAGUUUCUCGGCUUGGUUCACGGGAUAAUUACCGGAGGAAGGGACUUCGGAUCGUACGAUAAAGAGGAUCAAGGGAAUGACGGGAAGGUCCAGCGCGAAACGGACGGGCUUGUGUCUGCUGACACUGUUAUUAUUCUGCCUCUCCAACGGCAACGUCCUGGUCGUCGGAGACCCGGGCCCGAUACCGUCCGAGUUGCUCUACAGCGAGGCAUUCCUUAACAACGCCGAGAAUUUGAUUUUGAUGAAGAAGCUAAAGCAGGUGAUAGAAGAGAAGAAGAACGUAGUCGAGAGGGAGAAGGAGCUAGACGACAUGCAGAUCAUGAUCGAAUCGGUCCUCGAGCCAAGGAUAAAGGACAAGCCCUCGACGAGAGUGGAUUACUCGGCUGAAGAAUUUCGGACGCCGAACACCGUCAUGAGGCAGACGCAGCGCGAAGGGAAACGCACUCCGCUCACUUAUACGAUGCUGUGCCACUUCAAGAUCUGCAACAUGGGUCGCAAGCGGCAGCUGCACAAAUAGGCCGGGCACGCGGACCGUUCGCGGACCGGCGAAAAUGAUUGAGCCUCUCCGCACCCUCCGCCUCGGACGACCAAGCGAAACACGCGCGCCAACCGGAAAGAACUCCAGAACGGGAACGGGCAGCACGCCGCGAACCACCGGGAGAGAACGUCGCGACGUCGCGCAGCGAAGAUCAUCGUCAAAGUCGCCGUCUUCGUUUCAUGCAUCGAUCGAACGAAGAAGAUUCGAAUUUGCCUAAAAGAUGUCCGAACUGCGGCCAACGACGCCACGGGGACGCCGAGGAUUCGCCGAGGAUGCCGCGGAUCGCCGCCAUAUUGGAUACUCCGGCGCCACCUCGAGAAUUCCUCGAGGCAUUUCUCUAAUUUGCGAUCUUGGACGUCGACGAAAAAUUGUCUGGCCGAAUCUGCGAGGCUGAUACGUGUAAUUCAGAUUCUCUUUGCUGUAUCGGAGAUGAAACAGUCUCGCGAAUUCGUCGCGGCGGUUCCGCGCUGAGGAUCGCCGCCAUAUUGGAGAUAGGAAUGCGCGAAAGCCUCGGCGAAUCCUUCGUCGCUCCGCGAACGUCUCUUCCCCGUUGGGAGAGCCGCGAACCGAAUCCCGCCGGAGAUGUAAAUAAUGUAUUGUCGCGGCCGGACCCGUCUGCAUCACUUCCGGGCUGAGGAGCAGGGGGCGUUCUCCGACUGGCUCGGAAACGCGUCCCCGAUCGUCGAGAGAAACGGGAGAUGGGCGAAACUUUUCAUCCGGCGCGAUAGCUUCGAGUAAUAGAAUAAAUAUAUUUUUGUCUGUUAUUCUUGUACGGAAGUCGGUGUGCCGGGGGACUCGCAAGUUCUCGGUUAGUUUGACAACGGUAUACACUCGGGUAACGAAGAAACCUUAAUUAGAUCAAAUUCCGAUUUCCUAUAACUUCGGCUACCAUUGAUGAAGGUUGAUUGUUCAAAUUUGCUUCUCUUUUCUUUGCUUUCUUCGACGAGCUCGCUUGUUUCGGUGAGCUACCGGUGAACAAAGGUCUGUCGGACGAUAUUAAUUACAUCACAGUGAGUAAUAGACGAUUUCUAUAGACGACCGACGAAAUUGAGCGGUUUACGAGCCGCGACGAACGCUGAAACAAAGCGAACGUCAAUUGGCUCGAUUCGAGCGAGAUAAUUGCUCGGCGAAAGAGGAUGACGGAAACCAGACGAGAACCCGCGACUCCGCCCCGGCGUCGUAGGUGCGAACGAAAGAUAGUAUUCCCCGUUGAACGAAUCGUUCGCCGACGCGACGAGAUCUAUCGCCCCGCGGUCGAAAGUUUCGCCGAUCCCCGAGAGCGGAUGACAGAGCGCGCGUGUGUUUCGCUUCUAGUAUUCCACAGUAUAAUCGUUUGAUCCGGUAAUCGAGGACACUGCAUUCACGCCGAGAAUCGUGAAGCGGCGUCUUGAACGGGGAGAAGGGAAAUAUCGGAAACCAAAGAAACAACGAUCCUCCGCGAGUGAAGUGUCCCCGACCAGUGCCAUUUGACAGAGAAUCGAAAUGGCGAAUAGGUAUUUAUUCGUUAGCUUUAAGCGAGAAGGGUGCACGGGCCGAGGGUACACAGUGUUCUCGAGAACUGUCCUCGUCGAGCGAACGAGAGAAACUAACAGGUCGAAGGAAGAGAAAAAUAAAAAAAAAUAGAGAGAGAGGGAGCGCGAACGAAUUGCAAAGGAAAGUCUUUUUUAAGUGAAUUUUCUUCCUUUCUGUUGCAUGCGCCUUGGAACCUUCUAUCCUCAAACAUGGCUGAUCAUUGGCGGGAUAAAAAAAAGUAUUCUACCGCGGUUGGGAUGUUCUUCCUGGCAUUGUUUCAAGAAAAAUGAGAAAUACGUGUUUUAAUAGAGGCAGAGAGAGAGAGAAUAAAAGAGAGAGACAGGAAAAGAGAGGCCGCCUGCACCCUUCGAGCAAUUAUUUAUAAUCGUUUCGCGAGGAGAAACGUGUAAAGCGUUCACGUAGCCUUUUUAUGCGCCCCUUUUUAUUUAUUUAACCCUAUCGACCCCCUCGCCAGCCCCAUUUUAGCGUAACCCGAUAUUUUCGAAGCGUAGAUCGACGAUCACCGCGGUCGACGGUCCGUUUCCGUUGAAGAUCGCACCCCGUCGCAACAAUGGCGUCACGCCGGUGAAAAGUCGGAAAAGCGGUAGGUGUAGAAAUUUGUGAAAUUUCCAUCUAAUUUGCAUUUCACAUUAUCGACAACUUAAUCUAGACUUUUAUGCAUCCAUGGGAAAUUUGGAAGUGCAAAAUUUGACAGAAUGCGUACGACACAAAGUAAUAUGUUCUACUGCUUUUCAUGACGUUUGAUAGGGAAGAUGAUUUUCCAUUGUAUUUCUGCUUUUCUAAUGAAGUUCUCAAAAAUUUCAAUUUGCAAAUAUCCGCUAAUGAGACCUUUUUUCUUCAACAUUGGAACUACCGGAUGGGUCGAAAUGAUUCCAGAUUUAAUUUCUUCCAGUUGUUCGACAGAUGACAAAUGCUUUUCUGAAGUACUAGAGAAACUCGUUUAACGAUACAAGUCUCAAUAAUUGCACUGUUCAGGUGUCUACGGAAUUUUAAAAAGAAUUUAAUGUUAAUUCUUUCUUAAGCUUAACACGUUCGCUACCAGCGUCACAUAUUUAACGGUCGUAAUCCUAUAUUUUACAUAAUGAAAAUGAAAUGAAUCCUAUAGAUAUUGUUAUUACAAAUGAUAAACUACAUUAUAUUUAGCAACUCAAUGACUCGUUUCAGUUUCAUCCUUCCAAUACUUUGUUUAGAUUUAUUGGAUUGAAGGAAAUAUUAUAAUUGAGAUCGUCAUCGAAAUAAGCGCUGCUAGCGGACGCGUUGUCAGUAGUCAUCACCCAGUAUGAAAAAGAUACAAACAUUUAAAUAAAAAGGCUACAAAUUUUCUAAGGCAGCAACCCCACUAAUUUGAACUACUGGAAGUCACGUGACGAACGUUGCGACGAGGGUAAAUCCCUAACCUCAACAGGUCACGCGAUCGAAUGACCGUUCGUCGAAUUGUAUUUCCUACCGAUACUUUCUUCAACGCUAUUUAUCAUUUAAAUACAUUGUACACGCAUGUCUCCAGCAACCCCUGUCGUCGUGAUUCGGUGCCACGCCAUAUUUGAAAUCUCGCUGUAUUAUAACGAACCCGGAGAACACGUGACCCCCAAGAAACCCCUUAGUUAAAAUCGGAUCGAACGAGAACAGUUCAUCGUUUCCCCCGUUCGGUGUUGAAAUCGUUUGGGAAACGUCGCAGUCGUUCCACGAUUCGUCGCGACAAUGUAUCACGCAACGAUAGCAGAGAAUAAAACGUGUAAACGUAUGUGCGUGUGGCGCUAAGCGCGUCCGUGAUUUUGUUUAUAAACACCCGAGACGCAGCGCAAUUGCAUCGAAAUAAAUCACGUGCGAACUGAUCUUGACACGAAAAACGUCGGCAGGCGGCUCUCUUUCCUAAUCUAUUUCUCUAUUAUUACUAUUAUCAUCAUUAUUUUCUCUUUUCAAUGAAACCGAUCGGAAGUACUCAUUAUCAUUUACUGACGUUUUGAAAUCAGAUUUUCGUUGCACGAAAAGUACGAGAUCGAACACGCCCCUAAUAUAACACGUGCUCCGAACACGUGACCAGUCGCGAGCACAAUACAGAUUCGGUCAUCCGUGUCAUAUUAAAAAUUGCAUUAUUAUUCAGUGCACACACUAAAUCACGGUUUUCCUUUCCAUCGAUAAAAUCACGAGUGGUUCUCAAGGCUGAAGAGAAGCGAGACCGGACGACAGUUCGUUUCGGAGUGCAUGCAUACGACAUAACCUCAAAUCCGCGCGAACAGCGUACUCGAAUUUUCAUCGGAACACUUACGAGCUGUCUGAACUUCUUCUGGAGCAGUCGACGCGCGUUCAUCCACCAUGCACGAAAUACAAAAAUCAGGUAGCGGUACUAUUCAAAAGAUGAAAUAAAUGUCACGGCCGGUUCGGAGCGGAUCACACGUCACGACAUCUUGACAGAACGGCGGGCAACUCGUAUCGACUCGAGCGUCACGGGUAACACCAUUUCCUGCUUCGACGAAUUAUCAGUAGCGAACGGGACGAGAGGAGAGUUGUAUCUUCGAGAUAAUUAACGACGACGUAAAUUAAGUGAUAGCUUUAUUCGCUUGAAAACGUAAGCGUAUAUUUUUAAAAAUGUUUCAUCGAUCACUCGACCUAGUGUUUCACAAAAUAUAUUUAUGUGGUGUUCUGCAGUCCGUGUGUACGAUAUUUCAGAUUUGCUUGUAAAGACAAUACUAUUUACAUUAUUUCCUCUUCUGUUUGUGCUUCUCUGGUUUCCCGUGUCUGUCUCCGGACCGGUCGCGAUCCCGCCUCUUCUUGUUACUGUGUCUCUCCUCGUGUCUGCCGUGUCGCGAACUGUCGCUGUCCGAGCUAGACGUGUCCCUGUUCUUUUUCCUUUUCUCGCUGUCGUAUUUUUUAUUGGACCGAUGCUCUUUGUGACUCUCCUUUUUACUUCGACCUUUGUCCCUGUGCCUGUCCCUGCUUCGAUCUUUGCUCCUGUGUUUCCUCUCCUUCUUGCGUCUGGACUCGUACUCGUAUUUUUCGCAGGAAUCGUCGCGAUACUUUCCUUCCCUGUAUUUCUCUUUCUCCGAGUACUUCCCUCCGUUACGGGAAUACUCGGAAUCCUCUUUCCUCGCCUCUUUCCUGCGCUCGUGUUUCCUGUGGUCCAGCACUUCCUCUUUGGUCCUCCUGUCAGUUUCUCUUCUGUACCUGACCUCGUCGAUACUGUCAUCUCUUCUCUGGUUUCUCGGUCCAGGCUUUUUCCGAUUUUCAUUAGCCGCGUCGUCCUUGUCAUCGAAGUACUGUAUCCCUUUUCCCUUACCCCUCCACCUCAUUUUGGCCACCGACUGCGAGAAGUCCACGUGUAUGCGACGGUCGUCGAUUAGCACGUUGUCCAUCUUGAAGUAAGCCUCCUCGCAGCUUUUCCGAUCGGCGAACUCUAUGAACGCGUACUGCAAAGAAUCUCCUGACUGACGAUCUCUGAUGACUUC